GCGGUUUUUGGAGAAAGAGGAAGAGGAUGCAGUUUUUGGAAUGAAGAAGGAUGAGGGGGAGGUGACUGUUUCUGUGAAGGAAGAGGAGGAAGACUAUGCCGUUUUUGGAAUGAAGAAGGAUGAGGGGGAGGUGACUGUUUCUGUGAAGGAAGAGGAAGAAGCUUUCAAUGUGAAAGAGGAGGCGGAUGUUACUCUGAAGGAGGAGAAUGCAGUUUUUGGAAUGAAGGAGGAUGAGGGGGAUGUGACUGCUACUGUGAAGGAAGAGGAAGAAGCUUUCAAUGUGAAAGAGGAGGAGGAUGUUACUCUGAAGGUUUUUGGAAUGAAGGAGGAGGAGGGGGAGGUGACUGUUUCAGCAAAAGAAGAGGAAGAAGCGUUCAGAGUGAAAGAGGAGGAGGAUGGUACUCUGAAGGAGGAGAAAGAGCAGAAUGCCGUUUUUGGAAUGGAGGAGGAGGGGGAGAUGACUGUCACAUUGGAGGAGGAGGAGGAGGAGGAGGAGAAAGAAGAAGAAGAAGAAGAGACGACAGGAGAUCUGAUUAACGACGGAGAGAGACCAGUCUCUCCAUCUGACAGCAGAAAGAGUCCUUCAGGGGAACCAGACCCUGAGAAGAGUCCUUCAGGGGAACCAGACCCUGAGACGCCAGCGAUGCAACACCACUGCUCCCAGUGUAACAUGAGUUUUAAGUGGUUAUGGAAGCUGAAAGAGCAUGAGAGGAAACACACUGGAGAAAAGCCCUUCCAAUGCUCCCAGUGUGGAAAUAGAUUCUCACGAUCACAUGACCUAAAAUCACACGAGAGGACACACACAGGGGAAAAACCUCACAAUUGUUCCCAGUGUGGAAAGCUUUUUUCCCAUUUAGGGAACCUGAACAAACAUAAGAGAAUACACUCUGGAGAGAAGCCUUACCCCUGUUCCCAUUGUGGAAAGAAUUUUAGGUUGUCAGGUAACCUGAAAACGCAUGAGAGGACACACACAGGGGAGAAACCUUACCAUUGCUCCCUGUGUGGUAAGAAUUUUACCAAGUUAGGGAACCUGAAAGAUCACGAGAAGAAACACACAGGAGAAAAGCCUUACCACUGCUCCAAUUGUGGAAAGAGAUUUUCAACAUCAUCAGACUUAAAAAAGCACGAGAUGACACACACCGGGGAGAAAUCUUACCAUUGCUCUCAGUGUGGAAAUAGUUUCUUACGAUCACAUGACCUGAGAUCACAUGAGCGGACACACACAGGGGAAAAACCACACAGUUGUUCCCAGUGUGGAAAGUGUUUUUUGCAUUUAGGGAACCUGAACAAACAUAAGAAAAUACACUCUGGAGAGAAGCCUUACCCCUGUUCCCAUUGUGGAAAAUUCUUUAGGUCGUUAGAUAACAUGAGGGAGCAUGAGAAGACACACGCGGGGAAGAAGCUUUACCAUUGCGCCUUGUGCGGGAAGAGAUAUUCCCGAUCACAUGACCUAAAAUCACAUAAAAGGAAACACACGGGGGAAGAAAACACACAAUUACACACACAGGGGAAAAACCACGCAGUUGGUCCCAGUGUGGAAAGAAUCACACGCAGUUAGAGAACCGUUCCCGUUGUGUGGAACUAUAUUUUCCCGAUCACAUGACCAACAAUUCACAUCAAAUCUAACCAAGCUGUAUUUAUUCAGCACAUUUCAGACAUGGAGUGGAUCACAAUGGGCAAAAGGGAAAAAAACAAUGAAAACUAAUACUGAAAUAUUUACGACACAAGAAACAUAAGAGGAUAUAAAAAAGAAAGAAAAGAAAGAUUAACAAUAAAAAAACAUUUGUGCCCAGCUGUGGAUAAAACACUGCUAGCAUUUGUCUGCGCCAUUUUCAUGAUGGCUAGCAGCUAAUUGCUACUUAACACUGCUAGCAUUUGUCUGCUCCAUUUUCAUGAUGGCUAGCAGCUAAUUGCUACUUAACACUGCUAGCAUUCGUCUGCUCCAUUUUCAUGAUGGCUAGCAGCUAAUUGCUACUUAACACUGCUAGCAUUUGUCUGCACCAUUUUCAUGAUGGCUAGCAGCUAAUUGCUACUUAACACUGCUAGCAUUCGUCUGCUCCAUUUUCAUGAUGGCCAGCAGCUAAUUGCUACUUAACACUGCUAGCAUUCGUCUGCUCCAUUUUCAUGAUGGCUAGCAGCUAAUUGCUACUUAACACUGCUAGCAUUCGUCUGCUCCAUUUUCAUGAUGGCUAGCAGCUAAUUGCUACUUAACACUGCUAGCAUUCGUCUGCUCCAUUUUCAUGAUGGCUAGCAGCUAAUUGCUACUUAACACUGCUAGCAUUCGUCUGCUCCAUUUUCAUGAUGGCUAACAGCUAAUUGCUACUUAACACUGCUAGCAUUCGUCUGCUCCAUUUUCAUGAUGGCUAGCAGCUAAUUGCUACUUAACACUGCUAGCAUUCGUCUGCUCCAUUUUCAUGAUGGCCAGCAGCUAAUUGCUACUUAACACUGCUAGCAUUCGUCUGCUCCAUUUUCAUGAUGGCUAGCAGCUAAUUGCUACUUAACACUGCUAGCAUUCGUCUGCUCCAUUUUCAUGAUGGCUAGCAGCUAAUUGCUACUUAACACUGCUAGCAUUCGUCUGCUCCAUUUUCAUGAUGGCUAGCAGCUAAUUGCUACUUACAGGACACAAACUUGCGGUGCCAGCCGUAAAGGCUGUCUGCAUUGCGGAACCAGUAGCAAUUUUUUUUUUCUGUUUUUUUUUUACUUGAACAACAUACAUCUUCAACAUACAAUCUACCUGCAGCGAAGCCAUUCAACAUUUACAUUACAUUUAGUCAUCUAGCAGACUGCUGUGACCCACAGGAGCAACCAGGCUCAAGCGUCCCGCCCAAAGGGAUGUCGACAGAUCUCCCACCAAGUCAAAUCGAGGACUCAAACCAUUUAUAUAUAUAUUUUGUGAAAUGAAUACCGAGUAUGUCUACUUCACCAUCAGCCCAUUUACAGGUAAACUACAGGAUCAUGUAAAAACUGUUUUUGGUAAAGGUCCAAUACGUAACAUUGUAGUAAUAUAAUAUAUAUGUAAUAUUCAUAAUUAGGAGUCCAGAAAAGUUGUCUUCAGUGAGACAGUGAGACAAUGAGACAGUGAGACAAUGAGACAGUGAGACAAUGAGACAGUGAGACAAUGAGACAGUGAGACAGUGAGACAGUGAGACAA